AUGGCAGGUGCUCUUUUCGACUACCACCCGGAGCUUCAGCCUGUGACCUUUUUGGUCCUUGACAAAGAUCAUCCCAGUACCACGAUGCUCCCAGACCGCUGGACGUACAAAGAAGAGGUCUACAACUUCCGUUCAGACCCUCGUUCCAUCGGUGCAAAGAUUUUACUCUCAGUUGACCCAUCCAGCUAUACCGACACUCAUAUUCGAACCUACGACCAAGGUUCUCCCCAUCCAAUUGCAUGGUAUCAAGAACGGGGUGCAGGGGCUGCGGACGGCUCUACUGCUGGCCGGGGCUUUUACACCAGUUUGGGACACCUAGAGUCCACAUGGACAGAUCAGAUAUUCCUCAUGCACGUACUUGGUGGUAUCCAAUGGGCCUUGGCAUCGAAUACGACACGAGCAAUGAACCCAAACGGACAAGUGGGAGCAGUGCCGUCAAGCACGUCAUCAAAGGAGUCGCAAAUGCGGGGAUUGAUCGAAUCGAGGGGUAACGGCACCCGUGAUCAAUUGAGGACCACAAGGUGCAAAUCGAGGAGCACCGGUACUUUUGCGAAUUUGCGCGAUAGCUUUAAACGGGUGUUGAGUCCUGAGCGUUCACAAGUAGAGGCAAGGGAUGGGCGUUUGCCAACCACUGCAGAUAGGUCUCGUUCUCGCGGUCGCGAAUUUCAAUCUACCGGUCGCGGAGGUGCGGGCAAUUUCGUCCGCUCCGAAUCCGUUUCUCGCACGCGCGAAGAUGGCGUCGGCCAGGAGCGUGGUCGGGAGAUUCUUCCUGCUAGCAAAGUUACUCACUCCGGCCGUGGAGGAGCAGGUAACAUCCGUUCCCCUUCUCGGGAUCCUGAGGCCGACAUCCGUGCUCUGAGCCACGAGCGAGAGAUCAUCGAAGAUCAUCGCAGAACUGAGGAAGGCCAAGUUGUGGCACUCAACUGGCCGUGGUGGCUAUGGAAACAUGGAUCGCUCCGCUCACGCUCUCGCGAGCCCUCCAAGGCGGUCCACUCCUCUGGCCGGGGUGGCUUCGGCAACAUCACUGCUGGCGAUGGACAUGGCCUCGCUAACCUCGAAGAAGAAGAACGUGUUCAUCAUGCCCAUGUCCCUGAAUUGCGCUGGGAACGUUACCGCUGGAGCUGCCCCUGCCCCGAAAUCAUUGCACCGUCUCCCGUAGCUGAAGGUGUACAAUGGCGUUCAUCUGGUCGGGGCGGAGCCGGUAAUAUGAAACCGGUGCAUCAUGCUGAUCCCCAUGGAGUUGCCGAAGAAGGCCGUGGGCGGAAGGAACACACUGGAAUCGGAGGAUUUAUCGACAGGCUCACUAGCCGCAGCCGCGACCCUCAGCACCAUGAUCACUAA